GAAUGUUUGGUCACAUGACUACUCAAUAUCGGGUCACGUUUUCUGUUCGGGGAAUAUAUUGUUUAUAGUUGCUUGCUGUGGACAGCAAGGGAGAUUGCGAAAAUGAUGAAGCUACGCAAGUGGACUUUUCAAUGUGUGUUCAAUGCACGACGUCUUCAUUCUAAGUAUGUCCCCGUUCCGUUAUCGAUGCAACAAUAUUUGGAAUUUGGUCAGAAGAAAUGUGAGAAGAAAUCUUUCCAGUUCCUCAAUGAUGAAAUCCCCAUUCGUCUGGCCCACAUCAUGCGGGAGUUUGAAGACCUUCCUAAAGAACUACUAACCAUGAAAUCCGUGAAACUCGUACGAAGCUGGUAUGAAACAAGUUUCCAGGAAGUGCAAGCAUUUGCAGCCAGAGAUCCAGAUGAUAAAAAUGUUUUACAGGAGUUCUCAGUAGCAAUACAGAACAUACUAAAUCGUCACUCCUAUGUAGUGGAAACAAUGGCACAGGGCGUUAUAGAAAUGGAGGAUACGUAUGGAUUGGACGGGAGAAUUAACGAAAGGAUUCAGUAUUUCUUGGAUAGAUUUUACAUGAAUCGCAUCAGUAUACGCAUGCUUUUAACACAACAUGCUGCAUUGUUUGGAAAUAUAACAAACCAUCCAAGACGAAUAGGACAUAUAGACCCCAACUGUGAUGUUAUAGAAUGUGUUAAAAAUGCUUUCUUUUCGGCCAGACAUAUCUGUGAACAUUUCCACAUGCAGUCCCCUGAUCUGGAGAUUAUCACAGCAGAUGGUUCAAAUGCAGUUCAUUUUGUGUAUGUACCAGGACAUAUUGAGCAUAUAUUAUUUGAGAUUUUUAAGAAUGCCAUGCGAGCUGUUGUGGAGUUUCAUCCAGACAAGAUAGACUUGCCAAAAUUAAAAAUUAUUGUAUCCAAAGGGAAAUCAGACAUGACAAUAAAGUUGUCAGAUGAGGGUGGUGGAGUGCCAUAUAAAGACACAGACAAACUGUUCCAGUACAUGUAUUCUACAGCUCCCCGUCCACAGUAUACAGGGCAGGAAUCCCCACUGGCUGGUUAUGGUUAUGGCCUCCCCCUGUCGCGGCUCUACGCCAGGUAUUUCCAGGGUGAUCUGGUCGUCAACUCCAUGGAGGGGUAUGGGACAGACGUCUAUCUAUACCUCAAGGUGAAUUCUAAGGAGGCCAAUGAGUGUUUACCCAUUUACAACACAACUACCUCUAGAAUGUAUGAAGCAGAAAAGGUUGUGUCUGAUUGGUCCAGCAAUACAAACUGGAGCCAAUCAAUGCGGACUUACUGCACAUUUGUAAGAAAGCCACUGGAGGUGUCAGAGGACAAGAAAAAGUCUGUAGAAAGCUUAUAAAGCUAAAUCCAUCCUAAAAUUCUGUGUUAAUUAAUGUAGAACUGAGUUAUUUGUUAAUUAAUGUUGCUUAUGAGACUGUUACUUUCAUGUUGUGAAUCAUUUCAUCAAUCUCCAUUUUUACAUUUACUGUUUUCUUGGGGGGUUUUUUUUAUCAAAAAGAAACUUUCUGUUCAUUUAAAUUUUAACUUAUCUUGCCUGGAACUUGAAGACAAAAAGUUAAGAAACUUUUUUUUGUCAUUUUCCCAUUUAUGUGAAUUGAUGGAUAAAAUCCAGGGCAAAUCUUGUUCAGUAGAUGACUGAUAUAAUAAGAUUGCAAAUAUGGUAAGUUGUACAGUCUUGUACAAAAUAUGAUGUGUUUAUUGCUGAAAGCUUAUUAUGACAAGGGUUGUAGGUAUGUGUAGGUACCUUAUUUGACGCAUAGUUCCUAUUCAAGGAGGAUUUAUGGAAUGUUUUCAUCAUCAGGGAUAAAUAAAUAUGUUAAAUUAUUAACUGCACAUGCAGUAACUUUUUUUGACAAUGCAAUGUUCCUAUACUGUAGAUGUAUUUUAUUCCGUGUGGGGUUAAUUUUAAGUACACAGUCAAUUUUUCUGCAGGCUUAAUUAUGAUCCCAUGGAAAAAAAGUAUGUUUAAAAUGUUAUCUUUCUGUUUUGAUUUGUGUUUACGAGAUAAUAUAUAUGUCCUGGUAUUAAUAAUAUAUAAUGUUUACUCGUUUGACAGCUGUAAUCCAGCAGCUGUUUUUUAUGUAGGGCAGGGUAGAAGUAUUUCAGAUGGUGCAUAGUGUAAUUAAAUUAUAACAGUCUUUCAUAUGAUCUCAUCUUAGAUCCUUGAUGUUUGUUAUCUUGUCAAAAUUAUUUUAGAGUUUUUUCAGCUAUGGUAAAUAGUAAGUUUCUGUGUCCUUCGCCGAAUAACAUAUAAAUGUACUGAGUGAGUGAUCAUACUGUAUGUAAAGUCUCUGCUCUUAGUUCUAGUGGAUAGAGAUCGAAGAGAGAGAAUUCUUACAUGUUUAAGCAAUAAUUUUGUCUAAAUUUAUCUGUUAGAGUCUAUUUUUAAAAUGUGUUUUAUGCUCAAAUGAUUAAAAACUUAAGAAAUUUA